GGAGACUUUUCGUUGUUUCCUCGGCCGGGGUCUCCACCCUCCCGCUGCCUUCUCUGCGCUCUGGUUAUAAUUCCUGGACGCGAGUGCUGGGGCUGUCUACGCUGGGGCCGCUCGGUCUUUUGCCCCGGGCUCCACGGUUGGAUUGUGGAAACUGCACCAGGCUGCAGGUUGUUGAGCAACUGAUGGGACGAGAUCAGGGACCGGCGGUUACGAAAGAAAUGUUUAAGUGUUCAGUAAAUCGGAGGAAAAAAAUAUGGAGUUUUAGCAACUGAAGCGCAAAUUAAGGAUUCUGAAUUGGGUAUUGGUGUUUCUGUUUUGAAGAAUAUUUCUUUUUGAGCUGUUUUGUUUUUAAUCAUCCAUCUUGGGAUACAGAAAAAGAAUCAGAAAGACACUUAUUUUAAGUUUAGAACACUCACUCCCGAGGCACCCUCACUGCCGAGCUCACGACCAUGUGGCCAUCACAGCUACUAGUCUUCAUGAUGCUCUUAGCACCGAUAAUUCAUGGUGGCAAGCACAGUGAACGACAUCCAGCCCUCGCGUCUCCACUGCGACAUGCUGAGCGCGGCCCAGGAGGCGCUCUUCCUCCCAGACACCUCCUUCAGCAGCCAGCUGCGGAGCGCGCCACUGCUCAUCGCGGACCAGGGCCCCGUGGAGCUUCCAGAGGAGUUCGUGGUCCAGGUGCCCAUGGAGCUCAGAUCUCAGCCCAAGCUUUCAGCCGUGCCCCCAUCCCGAUGGCUGUGGUUCGCAGAGAGCUCUCCUGUGAGAGCUACCCCAUUGAGCUCCGCUGUCCGGGAACAGAUGUCAUCAUGAUUGAAAGUGCCAACUAUGGGAGGACCGAUGACAAAAUUUGUGACUCUGACCCUGCUCAGAUGGAGAAUAUACGAUGCUAUCUACCUGAUGCCUAUAAGAUUAUGUCUCAAAGGUGCAAUAACAGAACCCAGUGUGCAGUGGUGGCAGGCCCUGACGUUUUUCCAGACCCCUGUCCGGGAACCUAUAAAUACCUUGAAGUGCAGUAUGAAUGUGUUCCUUACAAAGUGGAACAAAAAGUUUUUCUUUGUCCUGGACUACUAAAAGGAGUAUACCAGAGUGAACAUUUGUUUGAAUCCGACCACCAGUCUGGGGCAUGGUGCAAAGACCCUCUGCAGGCUUCUGACAAGAUUUAUUAUAUGCCCUGGACCCCCUACAGAACUGACACCCUGACUGAGUACUCAUCCAAGGAUGACUUCAUUGCUGGAAGGCCAACUACCACCUACAAGCUCCCUCACAGGGUGGAUGGCACGGGAUUUGUAGUGUAUGAUGGAGCUUUGUUCUUCAAUAAAGAGCGCACCAGAAACAUAGUGAAGUUUGAUUUGCGGACUAGGAUAAAGAGUGGAGAAGCCAUCAUAGCAAAUGCCAAUUACCAUGAUACCUCCCCUUACCGUUGGGGAGGCAAAUCUGACAUAGACUUGGCAGUGGACGAGAAUGGGCUAUGGGUAAUCUAUGCAACAGAACAAAACAAUGGUAAAAUUGUCAUUAGUCAAUUGAACCCUUACACCCUCCGGAUUGAAGGGACGUGGGAUACUGCAUAUGAUAAAAGGUCAGCUUCCAAUGCAUUCAUGAUAUGUGGAAUUCUGUAUGUGGUCAAAUCUGUCUAUGAGGAUGAUGAUAAUGAGGCCACGGGAAAUAAGAUUGACUACAUUUACAACACCGACCAAAGUAAGGACAGUUUGGUGGAUGUACCCUUUCCUAAUUCAUACCAGUACAUAGCAGCUGUGGAUUACAACCCCAGGGACAACCUUCUUUAUGUAUGGAAUAACUAUCACGUCGUGAAAUAUUCUUUGGAUUUUGGACCUCUGGAUAGUAGAUCGGGACAGGCACAUCAUGGACAGGUAUCAUACAUCUCUCCACCAAUUCACCUUGACUCUGACCUGGAAAGACCCCCUGUUAGAGACAUCUCUACCGCAGGACCUCUUGGCACGGGCAGCACCACCAUCAGCACCACCCUUCGGACCACAACCUGGAGCCCAGGCAGGAGUACCAGCCCCUCCGUGUCAGGAAGAAGGAACCGGAGCACCAGCACCCCAUCGCCAGCCGUCGAGGUGCUUAACGACAUCACCACACACCUUCCAUCAGCAUCGCCCCAAAUCCCAGCCCUGGAAGAGAGCUGUGAGGCUGUGGAAGCUCGUGAAAUCAUGUGGUUUAAGACGCGUCAAGGACAGAUGGCGAAGCAGCCGUGCCCUGCAGGAACUAUAGGAGUAUCAACUUAUCUCUGCCUGGCUCCUGAUGGAAUCUGGGACCCCCAGGGACCAGACCUUAGCAACUGUUCUUCUCCUUGGGUCAACCAUAUAACACAGAAGUUGAAAUCUGGAGAGACAGCUGCCAACAUUGCUAGAGAACUGGCUGAACAGACAAGAAAUCAUUUGAAUGCUGGAGAUAUCACUUAUUCUGUCCGGGCCAUGGAUCAGCUGGUAGGCCUCCUAGAUGUACAGCUCCGGAACUUGACUCCAGGUGGAAAAGAUAGUGCUGCCCGAAGUUUGAACAAGCUUCAGAAAAGAGAGCGCUCUUGCAGAGCCUAUGUCCAGGCAAUGGUCGAGACAGUUAACAACCUCCUCCAGCCACAAGCCUUGAAUGCCUGGAGAGACCUGACUACAAGCGAUCAACUGCGAGCAGCCACCAUGUUGCUUGACACCGUGGAGGAAAGUGCCUUUGUGCUGGCCGAUAACCUUUUGAAGACUGACAUUGUCAGGGAGAACACGGACAAUAUCCAAUUGGAAGUUGCAAGGCUGAGCACAGAAGGAAACUUGGAAGACCUGAAAUUUCCAGAAAACACCGGUCAUGGAAGCACUAUCCAGCUUUCUGCAAAUACUCUAAAACAAAAUGGCCGAAAUGGAGAGAUCAGAGUGGCCUUCGUCCUUUAUAACAACUUGGGUCCUUAUUUGUCCACGGAGAAUGCCAGCAUGAAGUUAGGAACAGAGGCCAUGUCCACCAAUCAUUCCGUUAUCGUCAAUUCUCCAGUUAUCACAGCAGCCAUAAACAAAGAGUUCAGUAAUAAGGUUUACUUGGCUGAUCCCGUGGUGUUCACUGUUAAACACAUCAAGCAAUCUGAGGAAAACUUCAAUCCUAACUGUUCAUUUUGGAGCUAUUCCAAACGCACAAUGACAGGUUACUGGUCAACCCAAGGCUGUCGGCUCCUGACGACAAAUAAGACACAUACUACAUGCUCUUGUAACCACCUAACCAAUUUUGCAGUACUGAUGGCACAUGUGGAAGUUAAGCAUAGCGAUGCUGUCCAUGACCUUCUUCUGGAUGUGAUCACCUGGGUUGGAAUUUUGCUGUCCCUUGUGUGUCUCCUGAUUUGCAUCUUCACAUUUUGCUUUUUCCGUGGGCUCCAGAGUGACCGUAACACCAUCCAUAAGAACCUCUGCAUCAGCCUUUUUGUAGCAGAACUGCUCUUCUUGAUUGGGAUCAACAGAACAGAUCAACCAAUUGCCUGUGCAGUUUUUGCCGCCCUAUUGCAUUUCUUCUUCUUGGCUGCCUUCACCUGGAUGUUCCUGGAGGGAGUGCAGCUCUAUAUCAUGCUGGUGGAGGUGUUUGAGAGCGAACAUUCACGAAGGAAAUACUUCUACCUGGUCGGCUAUGGGAUGCCUGCCCUCAUUGUGGCUGUGUCAGCUGCUGUGGACUAUAGGAGUUACGGAACUGACAAAGUAUGUUGGCUCCGACUUGACACCUACUUCAUUUGGAGUUUUAUAGGACCAGCGACCUUGAUAAUUAUGCUUAAUGUAAUCUUCCUUGGGAUUGCUUUAUAUAAAAUGUUUCAUCACACUGCCAUUCUGAAACCUGAAUCUGGCUGUCUUGAUAAUAUCAAGUCAUGGGUUAUAGGUGCAAUAGCUCUUCUCUGCCUAUUAGGAUUGACCUGGGCCUUUGGACUCAUGUAUAUUAAUGAAAGCACAGUCAUCAUGGCGUAUCUCUUCACCAUUUUCAAUUCUCUACAGGGAAUGUUUAUAUUCAUUUUCCAUUGUGUCCUACAAAAGAAGGUACGAAAAGAGUAUGGGAAAUGCCUGCGAACGCAUUGCUGUAGCGGGAAGAGUGCAGAGAGCUCCAUCGGCUCAGGGAAAACGUCUGGGUCUCGAACUCCCGGGCGCUACUCCACAGGCUCACAGAGCCGAAUUCGUAGAAUGUGGAAUGAUACGGUCCGAAAGCAGUCAGAGUCUUCCUUCAUUACUGGAGAUAUAAACAGCUCAGCAUCACUCAACAGAGGAGCCAUGGCUAAUCAUCUUAUAAGCAAUGCUCUGCUUCGUCCGCAUGGUACUAACAAUCCCUAUAAUACAUUGCUGGGGGAACCGGCGGUCUGUAACAACCCUUCUGUCAGCAUGUACAACACACAAGAGGGGCUCCUGAACAAUGCCAGGGAUACAAGUGUCAUGGAUACUCUACCACUGAAUGGUAACCAUGGCAAUAGUUACAGCAUUGCCAGUGGCGAAUACCUGAGCAACUGUGUGCAAAUCAUAGACCGUGGCUAUAACCACAACGAGACAGCCCUAGAGAAAAAGAUUCUGAAGGAACUCACUUCCAACUAUAUCCCAUCUUACCUGAAUAACCAUGAGCGCUCCAGCGAACAGAACAGGAAUCUGAUGAACAAGCUGGUGAACAACCUGGGCAGUGGGAGUGAAGAUGAUGCCAUUGUCCUGGAUGAUGCCACCUCCUUUAACCAUGAGGAGAGUCUGGGCCUGGAAUUGAUUCAUGAGGAAUCGGAUGCUCCUUUGCUGCCCCCAAGAGUCUACUCCACAGAGAACCAUCAGCUACACCAUUACACCAGGAGGCGGAUCCCCCAAGAUCACAGUGAGAGCUUUUUCCCUUUGUUAACCAAUGAGCACACGGAAGAUCUGCAGUCACCCCACAGGGACUCUCUCUAUACCAGCAUGCCAGCGCUGGCUGGCGUGCCCCCUGCAGAGAGCGUUACCACCAGCACCCAGACCGAACCCCCGCCGGCCAAAUGUGGUGAUGCCGAAGAUGUUUACUACAAAAGCAUGCCAAACCUCGGCUCCAGAAACCACGUCCAUCAGCUGCACACCUACUACCAGCUAGGUCGCGGCAGCAGUGAUGGGUUCAUAGUUCCUCCAAACAAAGAUGGGACCCCUCCAGAGGGAAGUUCAAAAGGACCAGCUCAUUUGGUCACUAGCCUAUAGAAGACGACAGAAAUUGAAGCCAACAAGACUGCUAACACCUGAUAGACUGUGCUGAGUUGAUAUACGCAGUGGUAAUGAUGUGUGUACUUUUAAAUCUUUAUGCUGUUCUUGAACGACAAACACAAAACUCAGACUCCUUAUUUUUUUUUUUUUUUUUAAACUGGGAUUUUUAGGUCAGCCCAGGGGAGAAAGAUAACUGCUGAAAUUCCCCUGUGCCCUCUGCUUCCUUGUCCUUCACCCCCCCACCCCAAGAUGGAGACUUCAUUAUGUUAAUGAACGAGAUUUGAAGAAAAUGGCACUCACGGUGGCCUUGUUGAAUUAUGUUGUGUUUGUUCUACCAUCUCUGAUGCUCUGUUACUCUCAUUACAAGGACCUGAUUUUUUUCAAAGGCCAGAACAGUGGUUUGAAGUUAGUAACAAUGCUGCAUCUAGACUGGAGUGCUGCACAAAGAUAAAAAGCAAAGCAAACUGUAUCACAUAGUGGUUUUUAGUCACUCACAACCCGAAUUCGCCACAGUGGGAAUAGCUGUGGCAUACAAAAUCAAACAACAAAAUCAAUAAUGAAAUGGAGGCGAAUUCUAGAAUUAUAUGCUAAAUGCAUAUUUUAUGAUUUGCUGUAUUAACUGAUGAUAAACUAAUGGCAGAAAAAAAACUGAACAAUUUCUAUGUAAUGUACAGAUACUAGCAUUGCACAUGUAGUCUGCUUUCUGUUCCUCCAGAAUUUGAGUCCUGUUAAUGUAGUGGAAAAAAAAAAGAAAUUUUUUUUUUUUCUUUCGUGCUGGUCUUGCAAGUUUGUCUACCAAUAAGAGCAGAGUUUCCUUCCUUUCUUCUUUCUUUUCUUUCUUCAUUUCUUUUUUUUUUCCUUUUCUUUCUUUCAUUCCUUUUUUUCUUUAAAAUUUCACCUGGCAAAAAAUAAAUAAAUAAAUAAAUAAAUGAAGCUAUCACUUUAUAAGAAUCAUUUUCUAGUAAUGCAAACAAAUUAUUUUUUACAAAAAAAUAAAAUAAAUAAAAUUAGACUUCCUUCCCUCACUAUAUAUCUUUAUUCAGUCAGAAUAUUUCCAAGAGCAUUUUUGCAAGUUAGAGCAGGAAGAACUUUUAUGUUUACAGUGCACAUCUGUUGUAAUGCAAAGCAUAUUUGGCAAGCAGUUCAUCACUAAGACAGUAGCUAUGAUUCUAGAAGUCAAGAGAUGUCAGUAGAACUAGUGGAGCUUCUGCAUGUGAAAAACGGUAUCCCAUAGGUGUGAAAGUGCUGAAUACUCAGUCUGAUCCCCAAGUGGGCACCUGCACUACCAAUUUUUAAAGGCAAUUCACUCACUUGUAGACAGAAUCAAAAGGUCAAGUUAUUUUGAAGUGAUUUAAAAAAGAAAACUCUUCUGUUUAUUAACAGGAAAAUUAUUUAUUUGACAGGAUUUUAAGUAAUGUAGGACUAUAAGAGGUAAAUUAGCAGCACAUACAAUUUUUUUUUUUAAAUUUAUGAUCCAUUUUGUAUGGUCUCAAAGUUGGAUGACCUCAUUACUAAUAUUUGUUGUAAAAGUGAAACUUGUUUGCCAACCAAUAAACAACUGAUUGAGAUUUAGAAGAUAUUGUAUUGAUGUAUGUACUAUAUGAUUAAUUAUUCUUUUCAUUUUUCUCACCUUUCUUUCGUUCUGUUUUCAGUAUAUAAAUUCUGCUAAUCCUCUGUGGCUCAAAUGAGCCAUGCUAAAGAAAUCAGUCUGCCUAGAUGAAUAAACUAAGCACAAAAUUAGUUUUUGCAGACAAAAUGUAAGAGAAAAAUGAGAUGGGCAUUUUUAUGUUGGCUGAAAUAAGAUGCAUAACUUACUUUCAAGCAGGUUAAUAUAUAGAUUACUAUGUGCUUAUUUAUAAGCCAGCUUCAGUCACACAGCUUAUUAUAAAAGUCAGCUUCAAUCAGAGAUUUAAAGUAUUGAAUUCGGAAAAGAAGGAUCAUAUUUUUUCCUCCCUUAUAUUCUUCAUUUUGAUGUUGAAUGUUUAAAUUCAUUCCAUUGGCUAAAAAUGCAAGAAUAAUGGCAAAGAGAAUACCCAUUUUAUAAACAGAAGACAUUUUUAUGCUAUUUUUUUUGUUGUUGUUUUACUAUGUAUAGAUAAAAUGAGAGGGAAAAAGUCCUUUCAAAGAAACUUUCUAGAUCUCCAGUUACUGAAGAAGAAUCUUUACCAGCAGUGUGCAAGCAUGGGGACCCUCCUAGGGCAAAGUUAGAAUGAAUUUGCCAAAUUAUAAUUUCUAAUUAUAUUAUAUGAUUUCUUGGUGAUUUUUUUUUAUUUUUCCAAAAAAAUUAAUCAUUAAACAACAUGAAUUAAUUUCUUGAAUUAAAAUUAGAAAGAGUAGUUUACAGAGUAGCCAGUAAUCUCUGUAUACAAUUUUAAUAUACAACAAAAGAAAAAAUUCUGUACUGGGCCAGAGUACAUGAUAACCUUAAAAUCAAUAUCACCUCAAAAUAUCUUAUGCAUCAUUCCUUUUAGUCAGUUGACAUAAGUAUUUUUUAAGUCUACACAUUGUCUCUAAGUUACAGGAGAACCACAAGCUUUAUGAGUAAUUAGGUUUUCAGUUACCACAUAUGGCAAUAUUAACUCCUAAAAGGUGGUUAGUCUUAUCUGGUACAUAGAAUACAUUUGAUAAUGAAAGAAUCCCUUUUAGACAUGCUUAAGGUAACUUCAGAAACACAAAUGUAGCCUGUGGAUUUAUGAAGACUUAUGCUAGUUUUGCCAAUCCAACAGUAAUCUACAUGAAAACAGCUCCAUCAAUAAGAAGCUAGUUUCACAGAAUGAUGGGGAAACUACCUCAGUUCAGCUUGCUGAUGAUGCCAAUUCUGAUUUUCUGCUAUUGCUACCUCCCUGACCAUUAUUUUUGUGUUUCAUUAUAUGGAAAUUUGAAGCUGAUAAUCUCUCAGCUCUCCAUAGUCUAAGUUGAAGAAGAUCACUUGAAUACAUAGACUGAUGUGGAAAGCCAUUCAGUCCUUGUUGGUAACGACCAAGCACUUAUGUAAAGAUGAAAGGGUCAGAUUUUUGAACUCACAUACAUCAUAAUUGCUGUGCUUUCAGAGAGACUUUAGAUCCCAAAGACUUUCAAGAGAAGAGAUUAUUCCCCCAAAUUGAAGGUGACUAUAGUGAAGACAAAAUAGUGGAUGAAAGAGUUAAUUAUAUAUACAUUUCAAUAGAAAUUUGUGUAUGUCUCUCAUAUAUUCCGCUAGUCCUCUUUACACUAGCAAGGGUUGAAUUCCUGAAUUUGAAUCUUCUUUCACAUGCGUUUUCAUGUGUGGCAAUUGAUAAUAACUUUAAAAUUUUCUUAAUCAUAUUUGGCUGACCCUUAUUUUCAGUACUCUGUGACAUUCAUCACCCUCUUAUUUGCAUAUUUCGGUGUAUUUAUCUGAUUUUCCAUCAAAAAGUAAAUUUUCAUCAAACAUACUAUACUACAUUGCACAUUAUUUGAGAGCUGGAAGUAAAAAUUAUGUCAGUGAAACGUUAUUAUUUCUAAGUAAAAUAACAUUUUUAUAACAUUUUACAAUUUUGUUUCCCUUUUGAGGUCUGUUUCACAUGAUACUUUAAUAAGACGUUAGCUUACAAACCUCAUGUCUAGUUGAUUUAGAAAAUGUUGGAUUGUUGCAUAGCCCAUGUUCCUAAUUGAUAAUAUUUAUGGAGAAAUAUAAGUUUUGUGAGGAGAAAUAGGCAGGAAUUCCAAUUAAGUUUUUGAGCAUCUUUUGUUUUCACUCUAUUAAAAUUAAAAAUACUAUAGCUAAAUAAUAAAUUGUUAUGCUAAAAUAAUCAUAAUGGCAAAAAAAAACUGGCAUGAAAAAUUUUCUUGAGGUUAAAAAUAGUCAAUAUAAUGUAGUAAUCAAAUGCAGGUAAAGGACACCCCUUUACUCCUGUAAUACUAAUUUAUAAUGACUGAAAUUAAAAUGUAGUUAUGAUUUGUAUUUUUAAAGUAACAUUAGUCUAAAAAUGUUGACAUUAUGAGGCAAAGUUUUUAAGAUUUCAUAUUUAAAUUUUUUAAUAUUAACCUAGUUGGUGUAACAAAAAUAUCCAUAAUAAUGGGAAAAAUCAUAUAUUAUAAAUGAAUUAUUUAAGAACCCAUAAACUUAAGUCAGGCAAUAUCUUCAGCUUUUUCCCUCAAAUCUGCUCAAAUCCAUUGACUAAUUUGCCUGCUUUAAAAAAUGACAUUAAAGACUUCAAAGACUAACUUUUUGCUUAAUUGUGGAGACCAAAAGGGAGAGGAAAAUAUUUUUUCUAGGUUAUCUAAAGAUCAACUUCAAAAUCAUCACCUCCUAUUAGUGAAAGAAUAAUUGAUUUUUUUAGAAGUUGUCCAUCAGUACUAUACCAAAGUGCAACUGCUUAUGGCAUUUUUCAAAAAACACUGUAGAACUAGUAUGUAGUCAGUUCAUAUUUAGAGAGAGAAAAAUUUAGAAAGAAAAAAAAAAGAACCCAAAUCCUAAUUUGAUUUUGAGUAACUCUGAAAAUACUGACAAGAAUGUCCUUUCUUCUUUAACAAAUAUAUAUUUUAGAUAAAAUAGCAAUAUGUAUGAUCUCCCCAAUGUACUAUAAUAAUAGUAUCAAGAUAUUAAGAAUUAAUUAGCUCAUGUUUAGCAAUUCCUAAUUAUAGCUCACCACAUAAGUAAUUAUUAUGCAUUUCUAAGUAAUACUUUAAAUGUCUUAUGUUAGAUUUCUACACAUAAAUUAGUAACAUGGAAGCACAAAAGUGAAGCAGCAACAUUGCAAAAUAGCUUAUGGAAGCAUUUUUGUGCAAAUGAAUUCUACAUGAGAAUCAUCUUUGAGCUUAUAAAAUAGAUUAGAUGGAUCCCAACCAUAAAUUCAAUUUUGUAAUCAGUAGUAAAAACGUCCCUACAUAAUCAUCUGAAGAAUAUUGACAAAUAUCUAAAUUUUCAUUUCUAGACUAAAAUAAGUUCAAGUGUUGAUAGCUUCUUCUUUCCUGCUUAGGCCAUAAGAGGAACUUUCCUACUUGCUAAUUAACUUGAUUACUUCCUGUUUGCUUUAAAAAGGAAAUCAGUCUUCAACUCAUCUGUACAGGUACUUCCAUAUGCCAUUUCUUUUAUUUCCUGUUUACAGAGGAAACAGCUUGUUUACAUUGUUGCAAACUUUGUGAUUUUUGCAAUGAAACAGGUAGUUGUUAUGGUUUUGCAUAUUCUCAUUUGAAAUAAAGUUAUUGCCAUUCCCUAUUUUUAAGAAGUUAAAAGCCAGUAAUUCUUUAAUAUCUAGGAUCUUUAAGUUAUUAUUCAAAUGUGUUGAUUUCAAUAUUUCUGUCUCUUAAUAGUACAUCACACAAAUCUUUCUAAACUCAUAUCCCCUUAGAGUAUUUCAAAGGUAAAUACAAACUAUGAUUUUUAAGCAGUCGUGUGAAAGGAGAACUUUGAUUUAUGUGAAGAAGUCAAGGAAGAUUAUAUAGGGAAAAAAACCUCUGUUGAGAUAAUAAAGUGUUUUCAACCAUAAUAUGAACAGAAGAGCAGAACCAAGUGGAGUUCAUGGUGAGGUAACUAGAACUAAAUUAGAGAUACAGAGAAAAGUUAUCCAGGAAAAAAUAAUAAAGUUACUUAGAGUGAUAAAAAUCUUAAACACUGUACCAAAUGUUAUUGAUGUAUUGAAAAAAAUCAAAUUUAAGUUUACCAUAUUAUAAUUUUUACCACUUUUAACCCUCUUUAGGUAUUUCUUGUUUAGUCUUGUCUCAAGGAGACAUGAAUAUUUUAUAAACGUCUCUUAAAUAGAAAUAUUUUUGCCUCAAUUCACAUUCACGCUCUAGUCUGCUUACUCUAUUAUAUGUCAACAUAGUUAAUGCUACUAGUAGCUUUGUACCUUUUAGAGCUUUAUUAUGAAUCUUUCUAAUAAGCAUUAAAUUAACAUUAAAUUGGAAUUAUGUACAUUGUGCAAAAUAAUUCAUAACCAAGCAAUAAUCAUUAAUUCAUUAUAUAUAUAUGAAUAAACUUUGAGACUGAAUAAUACAAAUAAUUACACUGCUGAAAAUAGUACUCUCAAGCCCUUCUCUCUCUCCAGUUAUUGUAGUCAAUUCAUAAAAUUCUGCAGACAGUUGCACACAUGACGUGUUAUCAAACUACUCCAUAAUCCAAGUAUGUCUGAAAGUUCCCAGUGCUUCUUUCGUUCUAAAAUACCAAAGGAAAGAGCUUGAAAGAAGAAGAAAGUAAUGCCUUCUAAGGAUCUUAUUUAGAUAAAUAUUGUCAUUCAGAAUGAAUAAUUUUAAAAGGAAAAUGUUCCAUUUUGUGGUCUGAGGGAGAGGUUAUUAAAGUUUACAGUUAGCCCAAUGUUGGAUAAUUUUAAAGGAGUUAAGUUUGUCUCAAUGGCCCAAGAGUGCAGAAUUUCACAAUAUAUUGUCAAGGAAAUAGGUUUGAAAUCCGUACCUAAAGUGGCUUUUAAAUGUUAAAAAUUCCUCUGAUUCUCCUGAAAGUGGAACAGGUAAAAUAGUGCCAGAUUCAAAACAAAAUAUAUUGGUUGACCUCAAAAAAAUGGCAAAAUUCAUGAAUAACAACAACUCUUUAGUAGUAGGUAGAGGUCUUUGGGGAUGGAACUCAGGAUACAGUGACUAGAACAGAAUAUCUUCUCAUGCUGACCACUGCCUUGUCCUCUAGUGCAUUUUUUAAUGCCUUGAAUUUCAACUUGUCACCAUGUCUUAUGUUUUGAAUGACAUCCUGAAUCAAGAGAAUAGGAAAAAAACAUUUAAAAUUGGUUUUCAUGCCUCAUUUGAAAAUAGAGAUUUCCUUUACCAUCCUAAGUAAUAUAAGAUGAUAUGUCUUGAAGCAGCUGUGGACAAUCAGAAUGUGUUCAGUUAUAAACAAGUCUUAUUUGUAUAUCCUAACACUGAUCUUUGCCUAUGAAUUACAAACUCAAGAAUUGUAGAGAGGGUCAACUUGAUUUCCCUUAAUGACUUCUGUGAAUAUAUUAGAAAAUGGAAGGAUAAUUAGAAAAGUUUUUUUCAUACUGUUUUCCCACUUGCCAAGCAUUAAAUCUAAUUUAAAAAUGAUAGUUUAUUUUAAAAACUAACAACUAAUUAAGCCAUUUCGCGUUGAUAAGAAAAAUCACUUUUUUAGAAACUAGAAUAUAGCUAUUGCAGGCUUUGGUCUCUUACAUUCUCAUAUAUUUACACAUGGCAUAAAAAUUAUCACAUACACCUACCAGAUUUCAAUCUAUUGGAUUUUUUUCCCUUGUACAACGUUUCCAACUUUUUUUUCCCUUAAAUCUUCUGUACAAUCACAUGUAAAACCAUAAGCUACAAACCUCAAUAAAAAAAAUCAGUAAACAA